ACAACUUCAUAACCUCGGCUCUACCAAGUUUCUGAACACCCACUAACUUCUCUGGACUCUAUAUUCAUAAGCAAGAAAUAAAUCAUGAAUGCACGCAGAUCCUUCUUCUGGGUUUCCGUUAUCGUACUUAUCAACAUAGCUGUUCUGGCUUGUUUCUUCCGAGUCAAUAUCAUAGCGAUUUCUUCGACUUCCAUCUCAAUUUCUGACAAUGUGUCGAGUAGUGGUGAUCAUCAGGUUGACAUAGGAGAACUGGAGAAAAUGUGGCAGGAGAAGUUAAUCGAGGACCUGUUUCACGACACAACAGUCGGCCACAAAGGCCACAAACCUGCGGUCGUAGUUGAAGAAAAAUUGAAAGAUGAUUUCAAACAAGGAACGUCCCACCAAAAUGAAGACAAAAACCUCAAGGAAUCCGAAUUUAAUCUACAGCACCGUCUUCCUCCAACAAAGUUAGACGAUGAUGCUAGAGUAAUCGCCAAUAAUGCCAAAUUGAUGGCAGAUUCUGGGAAAGAUGCACAAGAUCUAGAGAACCAACUUCAAGCAGAUAGUGAGCAUCAGGACCACGCCACAUCUCUGCCUAAACAGACUAAAAUGGUUUUACUUCUCACACAGAGCCGUCACGGUUCCACCUGGUUGAUGGACAUGUUGGGAUAUAGAGACGAGGCUGUUCCGGUUUUUGAACCUCUGAACGUUUCCAAGUUUUUAAAAAUGUAUGCACUUUAUGAUGAGAUGAGAGAAGAAACACUAGCUGAAGGUUACGAUCCGGUCAAAUAUGAAGACUGGCGAGAGAUCUUAUUAGCAAGAAUAUGUCUCUGUGAUUGGCACGGGAAGAAAAUAGGGGAGAAAAAAGUUGGAUCCAUCUUAGGACUCUGGUACAAAGAAAAGCGUGCUCAUCCUGAACAAAAAGGUCGGUACGAUACAAAAGCUGCUGAGGCUAUGUGUUCUGAAGAGGGUUCAAUGAUGGUAUCCAAAACCAUACGAUAUUACAACAUGUCAACAUUGUUCAGAAUCCAAGAUUUUGGGUGCGAAAAUUUUAAAGUUAUUCAUUUAGUUAGGGACCCUCGAGCCGUCAUGAAUUCUCGCAUGGGCGUCUUCCAUGAAUUGUACGAUGGAAGUAAAACCUUAGGGGCUCACAUUGAGUCUAAAAAAGGGCAGGAAGGCUUUGAUGAAGCUUACAUGGCGAGGGCUGCAGAUUGGAUGUGCUCUCAUCAUCUUUACAACUAUAAACUGGGAAUGAAUCCUCCGCCCUGGUUGAAAGGCAGAUACAAAAUGGUCAGGUACGAGGAUUUAGCAGAAUUUCCAUCGCAAUUGACCAGCGAAAUACUUCAUUUCAUUGGUGUAAAUUACACCUCCAAGUACAAAGAAUACGUUUACAAUUUGACACAUGUAAAAGAAAGAGGAGCAAAGCCAGGAAGUUCGUAUGGGGUCGAGAAGCAAACUAGCGAAAUAAUUGAUAAAUGGAAAUCAAACCUUAUUGAACCUCACUGGAGAACUAUUGAGAGAGUUUGUGCAGAUAUGAUGAAAGCUUUUAACUAUGAACCUAAUUUUUAAUUAUGUAAGAUUGAUUCGAUUUCUAAUCCCUGUGUAAA